AUGAACAGUGGUCACUGUGACACACAGGAAACUGUUGACUCAGAAAGUCAGAUUCAGAAGACAAUGGAUGAUGAAGAUUCGGAGCCAAGGAUAGCAAGGAUUCGAGAGAAUCUUGUUGAUGGUUUGGGUCCGUUUGAUGUGAUGGCUGAUAUUAUUGUUGGCUCACAACAUGGUCCAAAUAAUUCGGGUUUGUUUGGUGUUGUUCAAUCGCCAAUUAGGCCAUUACGUCCAUGUUUUGUGCCUUCAUCAUCGAUAUCGUCAACAUCAGAGUCAUAUUUGACUGCCACUCAAAUGGCACAGAAGAUGCAAAGUAUUAUUGAUGUGCCAUUAUCAACAAUCCAUACUAACCUUCCAUUUAAAAAGAACCAAGAACGGAAAAAUAAUUCAGUGCGAGGUUCGGAAGCAAAUAUACCGUCUGCUAGCUUCAUGAAUACUGGUGUUGGUAGCAGCAGACCUUCAACAACUUCAAGUCGUACUGAUCAUAGUUCAUGUAGGAAAAGGAAAAGGAGGAGAAGUGAUUGCAACAACAUGGACACCGAAAACUGGCAGAAACCAUGCACAAGCAGUACGGCAGCAAAAAUGGAAUGCGAUGAUAAUAGAAUGACGAUUAGUGAGUUAUUUGGUGAAGAAAAACUGGAAAAUGGAAAUGCAAAGAAGCGACCUAUCGAUAUGUUGAAAAACAUGGAAAAAAGAUGGCGCUUACAAACCAUUAUUGGCGAACUGGGUCAUAUUUCACCACUAUUAACUCCACCACGACAACCACAAAAAAAUGACGGUCCAACACUUCCAGUUGUCAUAAAUCUUAACCGCUUAGAUUCAGCACAACUUCUGCGAAUCAAGAAUGUGUUUAUUAAGAAUGCUCCUGCUUUUUUGUCAACAGUCGCUCUGCCGAGUUGUGUUCUAUCACCUCCAGUGCGGCCAACAUCACGAAACGAACGAGAUAGAACGUUACAACUCUGCGAUUCGGAUUUUAAACCGGUCCCAAAAAUUGACAGCAUUGGCAGCAGCGUUACCAACUGUAAAAAACAAAUUAUUCAUAGUGCAGGUGCAACGCCAUCGUCAUCUUCUACGAAAGAUUUUAAAAAGAAAUUUACCAAACAAAACGAUAAAAUAUAUGUUACCGCAUCUGUCAUCUCAAGCAUCAAGGAAAAUGAAAAAAGGAAUAAAAAAGAUGGCUCAUCUCCUCCAAGUAACGGUGAACAAUUACCAAGCACUUCUAAAGUGGAAAAAAAAUCUCAGUUGAAGUCUGUUUCGCAUGCACCAAGUGGAAAAUCGGGUGAUCUAAGAGGAAAGUAUAAGAAAGGGUGCUUGGGUAAUGAGCAUUCCAAAGAGAAAGAGAAAUCUGCCACAUUUUGCACGAAAGAAUGUAACGAACUGAAUGAUGAACCUGAUGAUGAUGACACCGCUACAACACAAUUGCGCGAAUUAAAGAAAAAAGUGAACGACGUUGCUAUAAGUAUUACUGGUAAUAAUAACAUUCAAGUCGAUAAUAUGCGAAGCAAAAUUGCGAAAAAUUCGAAAUGCAAAGACGGCGAGGCUUCACUGAUAAAGAAAUGUAAAAAGGAUACAACUGCAGGCAAUAAAUCAAUUGAUGGAGUACAGGAAGUUGGUGAUUUUGUUUGCUGCAGAAGCCAUACAGCACCAAUAAAAAAAACAGUAUUAGAGAAGAAUGACGAUGGUUCAUAUAAAUGCGCCAAUUACUAUUUGGAUGAAGUUGCUCGACCGUUAAAACAUAGAGCUGACAAAGAGAGUGGUGACCACAUACGAAAGACUCUUGCUUAUAUGGAUGCCGCCGUAUACUUCAUACUUUCAUCAGCCACUGAACGAGAAAACAGACAACGACAAUAUACGAUAGCACGAGAUAGUGCUGAAUUGAUGAAAACGAUUAUCAAGUGGUCAGGUGCAUCACCAACUAGUCUCUCAUCGUUGGAACGACAUUUCAUUAGUAGAUUCAGAAUAUUAUCAUCUCGCAUACAAGCUGUGCUAAAUUACUAUCUGUAUUCGCUGAAAAUGGGAAGUUGUAUGUCCAACUUUGGCGCAUUGACGAAGUGGGAACCGCAAUUGACUGAAUUGGACGCUGCAGCAAUACGCAACGACGGUGCUGCAUCAGUCGGUUCACAGGGUGGUUCAUCUGGCAAUACAGAAACUCCUUCACCGGCUUCAUCAACAAACAGUGGCCAUGGAGAACGUCAGAAGGAAAUCAAUAUGCCAGUUUAUAUUUAUCAAACGCAACGUUCGCAGCUUAGCAUCCUUCACCACUUAAUGUGGUCCGAUCGGUUGUGGAAGCAGACAUCAACCAAAAUGAACAGCACUGAACAAGAGAUGGUAAAACAUUUGGACCAAAUAUGUGGACCACUUACUGUUGACUUCAACUUACAUUCAUUGUCAGAAUAUCUGGCUACAGCAAUAACAUGGCUUCGUGCGGAAUACCGUGCAGAGAAGGAGCGAUUAUCACCGUCGUCACUAUAG